AUGGAGUCCAUCUACACCUCCGAGCCGCUAGAGAAUCACUUCGAACAACUUGCCACCGCAAACCGUCCAGUCCCUUCCAAGGCAUCCUACGGUAUUGAUUCACCCGUCGGCCUCGCUACAUCAAAUAUCUUCUUCCCGCUCUACCUGUACACGACCAAGAAAGGCAAGUUCGAUGCCUGGGAUAAACUCCUCGACGAGCUUCCGAAAGAUGUCUUCAAUUCACCGGGCCUUGAUCUUGGAUGCGGACGCGGAAUGGUCCUAUUGAAAAUCGCAGAAAGGAAGAAAAAGCUUGCGGCAUCUGCACCUGGGACAACUAUUGCUCCGGCUUAUGGUAUUGAUCUCUUCAUCAAUCGUGAUCAGACUGGAAAUUCACCCGAGGCAACGUUUGAUAACGCCGCUAGUCUGAAGCUUGUGGAGCAUAUUGUUUUGCUUACUGCGAGCUUUGCUGAGUUACCUUUCCGCGAUGGCUCGAUGUCUCUUGUCACGGCUAGUUUGUCGAUUCAUAAUCCUGAUUUGCCGGUUCGGGACAAGGCGAUUGCGGAGGCGGCGAGGGUUCUGAAACCGGGGGGUUAUCUGCUCGUCUUUGAGCUUGCGGGGUACAUUGGCGAGUACAAGAAGGUGUUGGAGAGCAGUGGAUGGACGGAUGUUCAAUCAAAUUAUGGAGGAUUGCAGACAAUGUGGGGAUUUUGGCCAAGCCAAAUUUUGAAGGCCAGAAAACCAGCAGAAGCUAGUUGA